AAACAUUCGACCUUUGGAUUUUGGAUCUGGCUUAAUUUUGAAUUGGCUGCACAAACAGUUCUUUGGUCACAACAUGAACAUGGAUCAACUGGUGCAGCUGAACAACCAGGCUGGCGGUAGGGACAAGAUUGCCCGGCUUAUCCAGUAUGCCUCGAGGGCGAUGUGGGACUCCUUGGAGGCCGCCAACUCCAGUCCUGCGUUGGUGGAUAACUUCAAAACGAUUGAAUACAUCCUGAGCACAUUCCGAAAGCUGCUUCGCUUCGGCAAGUGCGUCGAUGUAUUCUACGGCACCCUGAAGACCAUCCACUAUCCGGAUCUCACCAUCCGAGUGACGCUCACCCUGAGCAAGCUGUCCCAGUCGCUGUUCCUCUUCGCCGACCACUUUCUCUGGCUGGCCAGAACAGGAUUGACGACGGUGAACGCCAAGCGAUGGUCCAGUAUCGCCAACAAGUACUGGCUCUUUUCGAUCAUCAUGAACCUGUGCCGCGAUUUCUACGAGAUCCUGAGGGUACUGGACCUGCAUCGAUCCGGCUGCAAGGGCGGAAUCUCGCGCUGCCGCAUCCCCACCAGUAUCAACUCGCCGCAGGACUUUAAACGCCUGGCCCUGCAGUCCUAUGUCCUGAUGCAGGGACACAAGGACAUCGUGGUGGACACGGUGAAGAAUGUUUGCGACUUCUUCAUCCCCCUGACGGCUCUGGGCUACACAAGUCUCACGCCUCGGACAAUAGGACUCCUGGGGGCAAUUUCAUCGCUCGCCGGACUCUGGGCUCUACUGGAACCCAAGGCCAAGUUAACGCCUGCAUAACACCUGAUAUUGGUAACCUUGUAGAUAAGGGCUCCCCCAUUCUUUGUAUCUAUUUUUUACUUGUUGUAUUGUACUUGUAGUUGUGGUCGGAUUAAGUUGAAGAUAAACGAACGAUUUUAUGAAACUGUGAAA